GCUUAAAGAGCCAUUGGAUUUAAGUUAUUUGCUUUCGACGAUCUCCCUUCUUUUAAAAAGGUAAAUACAAAGCUUUUUUGAAUGUAUUUUCUUAUGAAAUUUCUUGUGACACAUACUUCUCCUCGUGCUUAUAUUUCAUGUAGAAAUUUUUGUAUUUGUGUUUUACAAAUUUUUAUACGUUUAAGGUCGGAUGGAUUCCACGUUGCUUGAUAGUCUUAAGAAGGCAGGGGUAAAGGACAGUGUAAUUUCUAUUCUUGAAGAUGAAGAGUUUGAUUCAGCUGGUAUUAUAAACAAUACAUCUGAUGAGCUGUUGAAGGCAUGUGGCAUAAAAGGAGGGCAAAUUAUACGAAUCAAAAAUUCAUUGGCAACGAUUAACAACUUGGACAAGUUUCUACUAUUAAGAAAUGUUCCAUCCACCAUUGAACCAUCCACCCAGAAGAUCGCUUUAUCCACUAGUCAUUCCUUUGCCAUAAAUGACAAUGUCAGCAAUUCUUCAGCGUCAAUUGAAGAAGCUCAUUUGUCAACAGGCACACCGUCACCUACAACAUCCAGUACACCUCGACAUACCAUAGCAUCUGAAAAGAGUGAUCACCAAGCUUUGUACUUGUGGAAGAAAGGGAACCGAACAAGAACUGGAUAAAAAAUAUUAAACUUCCUAUUUCUUUUUCUCCAAGAGUGCAUGAAGCACUGCAAGCAGGAAAACUUAAUGGAAACCUUAGGGAUGAGUUUACUAGGGACAUUUGUUCUUCUAUU